GUGAGAUCGCAAGUGCAGUCCCUGCGUGACAGAGGAAACUGCUCCCUGACUGAUAAGCAGGCACUGCAAUAAAGACACAUGCUGUUUCAUAAGGAUACUCCUGAUUUCCAGAUAUAACCAUGUUUUUGUGGCUUAAACUCUUGGCAUUUGGGUUUGCCCUUCUGGACAAGGAUGUUUUUGUCAAAGGACAGGAAACAGGAGCUACUUCCAUGCCCACAAGCACAACUCUACUUGCACACUCCUCCACACGCUCAUCAGCAGAAAACAAAGGGAAAAAUCAGGCAUCUUCUGGAAAUGGCACCAUUACAACAAGCAGCGCAAAUCUCACCACGCACUCAUACUCAGACUCUACCAUAGGAUCCACCAAUCAGCCACACAGCAGCACUGCUGCCCUUACUUCAUUCACUCCUGCUACCACCACGCAUAAACCAUCAGGCACCAUUACAACAAGCAGCGCAAAUCUCACCACGCACUCAUACUCAGACUCUACCAUAGGAUCCACCAAUCAGCCACACAGCAGCACUGCUGCCCUUACUUCAUUCACUCCUGCUACCACCACGCAUAAACCAUCAGAUGAUUACAAUAUGACAUCCUUGCACAGCACCACUUCACCAUCCAUGAACAUUACUUCUAACAGCACUACAACAAACAUGCCUGAGUCUUCCUCAGACACCUCACAUUCCAUGAAUACGACUGCUCCACCUCUUUCAAAUGUGACAACUUCCCCCAUAAAUUGUGACCAACUUAAUCUUACGAUGGUGGACCACAAUUACAGUCAGAAACUAGUCAGUGGAAAAUUAAAAGUUUUUGAAUAUGGCUUAGAAAUAACUCCAUCCAGUCUUACAUGUGACUCACCUUGUAAGAUAACAAACAAUGAUAGUAUUGAAGGACUUGAGGAAUGUAAAGCAUACAACAUUGUUAUAAAUAAUGCUAAUUGCAACAUUAAUCGUUCCAUUAUUGUCCCACCCAACCAAAAAAAAUACAAAUUGCAAUCUGAUGUUAUAAAUAACACCUCUUUGAGUUUAACGUGGAAUACAGACUCCUCACUGAAAUGUAAUUUGACUUACUCCUAUGUUUGUCUGCAUGGGUUUAAUCUUUUAAGGACUCAGAAUAACUCUGUAACACUGACCAGUCUAAAAGCCAAUACUAUGUACAGCUGUACUUCAGAAAUAAUCUUUAAUACAAACAUGGAAAUAAAAAAAGAUAAAGCAAAUAUAACAACAGAUUAUGGACCACCAGACAAACCUGAAAAAUAUGGUGAGGAACAAACGAAUAGUACAAGUGUAUUCAUUAAAUGGAAAGAACCAUCAAAUACAUCAAAAGGCCCUAUUCAUGGCUAUAUGGUGAAAUGUAAUCAAUCUGAAGACAAGAAACUUGGAAAUAAGACCACUUUUUACAGCUGUACAGGAUAUAAACCUUACACAAACUACAAGAUCCAAGUUAUAGCAUACACCAAUAAUUUGAGAAAUGAAACACUUUUGGGGACAUCUUUGAUUUAUGAUGGUUACACAAAGUCAUCAAAACCAGGUGCAGUGACGGAUAUCAAUGUAAGUAACCCCAUCAAUAAUGCCAUUCGCAUUGAAUGUAAAAAAGGUGCAAAAAAUGGCCCACGUGAGACAGUCGUAUUGAAAUGGGAUGGAAAAAAUAUUACACGGAAAGAAUGUUAUUUUGAGCUAGAAGAUCUUUAUUACUUGAGAGAAUAUCACUUUCAGAUUUACAUGGACAAUGGAGAGCACACGGGGGAUCCUGUCAAAAUUUCAGCAAAGACAAAAUACAAUUCUCAAGCUCUGAUUAUAUUCUUGGCAUUCUUGAUUAUUGUGACAUCAGUUGCCUUACUGAUCGUCCUGUAUAAAAUCUAUGAUCUUCACAGAGAGAAAUUAAGCAAUGCAGAUGAAGAUAUCAUGCUUGUUAGGAGGGAUGAUGACAAGCAACUGAUGAAUGUGGAGCCAAUCCCUGCAGAAAUGUUGUUGGAAGCCUACAAGAGAAAGAUUGCUGAUGAAGGAAGACUUUUUCUGGAUGAAUUUCAGAGCAUUCCCAGGGUUUUCUCGAAGUACCCAAUAAAGGAAGCACGUAAAAACUACAACCAAAACAAAAACCGUUACAUUGAUAUUCUCCCUUAUGAUGAUAACCGAGUGGUACUCUCAGAAAUAAAUGGAGACCCAGGAUCAGACUAUAUAAAUGCAAGCCAUAUUGAUGGUUUUAAAGAACCAGGAAAGUAUAUUGCUGCACAAGGCCCCAAGGAUGAGACCACUGAUGAUUUCUGGAGAAUGAUCUGGGAACAGAAGGCAACAAUUAUUGUUAUGGUGACUCGCUGUGAAGAAAAUAAUAGGAACAAAUGUGCCCAGUACUGGCCGACAACAGAGAAUAGCACUGAGACUUUUGGGGACAUUGUCGUGAAGAGCAAUGAAAGUAAAAUGUGUCCUGACUACAUUAUUCAGAAAUUGCAUAUUACAAAUAGAAAGGAGAAGACACCUGGGAGAGACGUGACUCACAUUCAGUUCACUAGCUGGCCGGACCAUGGAGUGCCUGAUGAUCCACAUCUUCUCCUCAGACUACGCCGCAGAGUUAAUGCUUUAAGCAACUUUUUUAGUGGCCCAAUAGUGAUUCAUUGCAGUGCUGGUGUUGGCCGUACUGGAACCUACAUUGGAAUUGAUGCUAUGCUGGAGGGGCUAGAGACAGAAGGCAGAGUGGAUGUUUAUGGCUAUGUUGUAAAGCUCCGACGGCAGCGCUGCCUCAUGGUUCAAGUAGAGGCACAGUACAUCCUGAUCCAUCAAGCCUUGGUGGAGUACAAUCAGUUUGGUGAAACAGAGGUCACUCUCGCUGAACUACACACCUACCUUAGUAAUCUGAAGAAACGAGAUCCUCAGAGUGACCCAUCAUUGCUGGAAGCAGAAUUCCAGAGGCUACCAUCGUACAGGGGAUGGCGGGGACAGAACACUGGCAAUCGACAGGAAAAUAAAAGUAAAAACCGGAAUUCCAAAAUGAUUCCAUAUGACUUUAACAGAGUACCAAUUAAACAGGAAGAGGAGAAAAGCAGGGAGAGUGAACAUGAUUCAGAGGAAUCAUCUGAUGAGGACAGUGAUUGUGAGGAAGCAAGCAGAUACAUCAAUGCAUCAUUCAUAACUGGAUACUGGGGUCCAAAAGAAAUGAUUGCAACACAAGGGCCACUACCAGACACGAUCAAUGACUUCUGGCAUAUGGUCUUCCAAAGAAAAGUCAAAGUCAUAGUUAUGUUGACAGACCUCAAGGAAGGAGACCAGCAACGUUGUGCACAGUAUUGGGGAGAAGGAAAACAAACAUAUGAAGGCAUAGAAGUUGAAAUAAAAGAUGUCAACCAGUCUUCUAGCUACACCAUACGUGCAUUUGAUAUAACACAUGUGAAGAGGAAAGAAACUCGGAAAGUCUAUCAGUACCAGUUCCACAAGUGGAAUGGUUUGGACCUUCCUGAAAACCCCAAAGACUUAGUCACUAUGAUUCUGAACCUCAAACAAAAACUUCCAGAAAAAAGUAUCACUGAAGACAACAGAUGCAGCCGGAGCAUCCCAAUUGUCAUUCACUGCUGUGAUGGAUCUGAACAAACGGGUGUGUUUUGUGCCUUGUUGACUCUCUUGGAAAGUGCAGAAACAGAAGAAGCGAUAGAUGUCUUCCAAGUGGUGAAAUCUCUUCGACGUGCCAGGCCGGGAAUGGUCCCCUCCUUUGAACAAUACCAAUUCCUGUAUGAUACUAUUGCUAGCAUCUACCCUGCACAGAAUGGACAAGUAAAGAAGAACAGCAAGCAGGAAGAUAAAUUUGAAAUCGACAAUGAAGUAGAAAAAACAGAUCAGGAAGCUAAUUUGAUUACUAUCGAUCUCAACUCACUGGAGUCAGAGCCCAAUAGGAGUAUGGAAGCGGGUGAAGAUUCCAAAUCUGCAGAUGGCCCACAAGGAACAGAGAGCUCUGCAAAUGGACCCAAGACUCCAGUUUUAACUGAGAGUGCAUAGAAAAAUAUAUUAAAUUUGAUAUAGAUUUGGAUAUACAAAAUAAUCUUUACAGAAUAUGUACUAGAGAUUUGUUCAUAAUUUUUCAGAGGUACGGUAUGGAAAGAAUACUUGAAAUGUGUGGAUAAUGUAAUGCACUGUGAAAAUAUUGUGUAGAUUUGGAUUGUAUUCCUUUCAAAUUAUUUGAAUUAAUUUUGAUCUUUUUACCAAUUUGUACAGUAUAAUUCUGAUUUUAAUUAUGGUCUGGUAUUGAGGAAUGGUAAGAAAAAAAGCUAACUUUUACCAAUCUUAUUUUUUGUUAUAAGAAAGUAAGUAGCCAGGACUGAAACUUCUAAUAAUGUACAGUCAUAAAUAUAAAGUUAGAAAUGUGGCAAAUA